CUGUCAUCUAGUUUUCAUUUCCGGAAGGUGGGGUGUUUUUUUUUUACGGGAGCGUUUUGUUUUUGGGGAGCCAAUGUGUCGGUUUGCACAGGGAAAGCAGCCAGAAAGAUAGCAUCAACCAAGGGCAGUUUUAAAAAUUCUGCAUUGGUUGUGUGUGUGUGCGCGUGUGUGUCUGUGCGCCUGUGUGCAUGUGUGUUUGAGUGAAUAAAAGGACGGAUAAAGGAGCCCAGCAAUGGCAACCAAUAAAUGCAAAAACCAGAGCUCGCUGGCUCUGCACAAGGUGAUAAUGGUAGGAAGUGGAGGUGUUGGGAAGUCGGCCCUCACGCUGCAAUUCAUGUAUGACGAGUUUGUGGAGGACUAUGAACCCACCAAAGCAGACAGCUACAGGAAGAAGGUGGUUCUGGAUGGGGAGGAAGUCCAGAUCGACAUCCUGGACACGGCUGGCCAGGAGGACUACGCUGCGAUCAGGGAUAAUUAUUUUCGCAGCGGGGAGGGCUUCCUGCUGGUUUUCUCCAUCACAGAGCACGAGUCCUUCAGCGCCACCGAGGAGUUCAGGGAGCAGAUCCUGCGGGUGAAGGCAGAGGAGGAAAAGAUUCCUCUCUUGCUCGUGGGCAACAAGUCGGACCUGGAGGAGCGUCGGCAGGUGUCUGUAGAUGGGGGCCGCGCGAAGGCCGACGAGUGGGGCGUCCAGUAUGUGGAGACAUCAGCCAAAACUAGAGCCAACGUCGACAAGGUGUUCUUUGACCUGAUGCGUGAAGUUCGAGGCAAGAAAAUGACGGAGAACAAGGACAAAAACGGGAAAGGAAAGAACAAAAAGAGCAAGAAGAGUCUGCGGGAGCGAUGCUGUUUACUCUGAACUCUUCAUGGACCUAAACAGCUGAGAUGCUGCGGAAUAAAAGCAAAUGGGUUUCGUUGUCAUUUAAGUGAAAGUUUAUUUUUUUAGCGCUUGCGGUGGCUUAGGGUCUAAAACAAACUCGGCCACUUUGUUGCCAAUUUAAAAUCCUAAAAUCUGAUCCGGGAUCUUACUGGAAGACGAGCACUGUUGGACUGACUGACUCGGACUGCAGUGCUCGAGGACUCGUCGUAAGCUAGCGACCAAACUGCCACUGACACUAACUGUGCUGCUCAAGACUCUCUUAACUCUCAUUUACUCCACCUUCUACCUAGCUGUGUAGGUUUGUAAGAAAACAUACAUUUCACUUUUUCUGCGUAUUUUCAGAAUGUUUAAUUAUAUAAGUAGCAAAUGAUAGAAAUAACUAAAUGCUGCUGUUUGUCUUUUGUGAUUUUUACGUCGCUGUCAUCCGUUCAUUUACUUUACAACUCGGGUGCGUCGAGAACUGAUGUUUCACUUUUAUUUCUUCUUCACCCAAAGGUUUGUGACUUUAUUCUCUUCAAUGCUCAUCAAAGAUUUAUGAAGUGCAAUCAGAGGAGUCCUGGUCAAACUGGAGCAGUUUAUGUUUUCUGACUUGAUUACCACAGUUCAAAAGGUUUUUCAGAAAGAAAGCUGCACAAUAAGAUCUUUAAAAGUCUCACUAAUCCAUCUACAGCUUUUAAAACUUGUAAAAUGUUAUGCAAUCUAUUUUGAUGUGAAGUUGGUCUGACAGACGUAAUAUAACCUUAACUGCAGACAUUUGUUCUUGUCAUUGCCAGCUGCUGAAGUUUUGAGCCUCUGACUGUGUGCUGUGAUGGCCGGUGACAAUCCCAAACCACCGCGUUUAUCAUCCCCGACCUCCUCACAUGUUCUUUUGAUAGUAAAAAUGCAUGAACUCGUAGGAAAAGCAAUUCUACGCAGAGUGGAAAGUUUUAAUCAAUGUGCCAACUAAAGCCAAAGCACUUUAGUGGAUGUGCUGCACGUUAGUUCCUUAACGGUGCGUUUGUCAGAGGGCUCUACCUUAUUGUCUCUGAGCAAAGCUUUGCUCCGUAACUGUUGUUUGUUCAAGUGCUACAGAAAAUGAAAUGUCUACCACUGCCUAAAAUAUUCUUUAUAACACAUGUUUUCUUUUUUUUAUCUGGUCUGUAAGUAUGCCCGUCUUCCUGCAGCAAGAGAGCUGCAGAAUAAAUGUUCCUUUUCUUUAUUACCUCA